AGCCAUCUUGUCGUUGUUAUGACACGAGCGGGAGGUUUGAAAAGUGACACGUAGUGCUGGUCGUAAACACCACAAUUUGGGCUUGUCGUGAAAAAAACAUUCCAGGGUUUCAAAGUGUGAUUUAGUGACACAAGAAAACGAGAAAUUUUAUUGUCAAAGCAGCCCCCUUGCUAUGGCAGACGUGUCUGUGGACGUGUCGGGGGUGAUGUCGCCCCCUGUUGACUCACCACGAGCCCCGUUUUCAAGUUUUCUGCAAGUUCCCACCCAAAUACCCGACCCCAAAGAAUGGUUCAGUAAACAGAGGCAAAAUGUGCGCCCCUGGCUAUUAUUUAUACAGACUUCCAAUUUCAAAACGCCCCCUUCAAUCCCGAGACUCAGCAAACGAAUUAUGAGAAACAUUGAGUACUUUCAAAGCAAUUAUUUGUUUGUUUUUCUCGGACUGGUGGUUUAUUGCUUGAUAACCUCUCCGUUGAUUUUAUUCGCCCUUGCUGGAACAUUUUACGCAGGAUAUAAACUCAAUAAAAGACAUCAAGAGAAGAAAAUCGUGCUUUUUAAGAAAGAACUAACUUUGGCACAGGUUUAUGGACUGGUGGCAGUGUGUUCCAUGCCAAUUUAUUACAUGGUGGGGGCCCACGGGGCCAUGUUUUGGGUCCUCGGGGCGUCAUUUUUCCUAAUAACUCUACAUGCCUCUUUCUACAAUAUCGACGCCGUGAUUGCGCAAGGCGAAGACGGUUUUCCGCUUUUAGAGCAAGUCUAAUUUUUUGUACAUAUAUUUUAUUAAAUGUUUUACCACCAAA